AUGACCGCGCUCUGGGAUUAUGCGUCUCCCGUGGACGAUGGUGAUGAAGUCUUAUCCAGUGUAAAGGAGCUGACAGCAUCGGCACAAGGCUCAGCUCCCAGCGAAGUUCUCAAUCUCUACCGGUUGAGCCCCGACAAACCGUGGACGAAGCAGAUUCCGAAAGACCUGGACGAGCCGGUCGAAAGCCUCGAACCCGUAAAGUCCCCCUUGAUAAUCCGGUGGACGAAGAACGAGGAAGCCCGCUGGCAGGCCCGUUCUUUCACACUGGGGAGCGAGCAGAUCAGGGAAGCUCUGAAGCCAGCUUUCGCCAAUUAUGCUGGCAUCACACUGACCCUGGAGACCCUCACGUUCGAGUACCCAUACGUGCCGUUCGUGCGCCGGUGGCAACAAUUCUGCCAGACACGCGAGGAUACGCGGGACCCCGCAAUCCGCUCGUACCUCGACCUGCUGCACCGGAUUCUGGAAAACGAGGUUGGCGCCAUCCUGACCCGGCGGGCGGACCUGCUCAAGAACGGGGUCAUCACCCACGACCUCCUGUGGACGGUCUUUAUCCCACAGACAGUGCUCUUCAGCGCGCUGAACGGCGCCCCACGUGCGUACGAGUGCGUAGACUCAUUCACCCACGGCGAGGGCGGCUUCGUCGAGGUCAAGACGAGGUAUAUUGACUACGACGGGGAGAAGUACCACUACGAAAACGAGGGUUUUGAAAUCUGCCCAUUCAAGGGCACGAUGGCUCUCGACGCGCUGCAGAUCUUCCCUCUGGCAAACCACCGGGACGCAGAGGCCAUCCGGCAGCGGUUGAUUGCACGCGGAAAGGUCUGGGAAUCAUACGACGGCUCGCAUUACAGGCAUGUGCGGGAGCAUGGGCGCGUGAUGAUUGACCCCGCCGGGUACCGGCGGAAUCACUAUAACAAGUCGCACGGAUGGGAGACUGAAGUCACCGGGCUCUCGACAUCCGUAACCGACGAGCACCGGCUGCUGGCCACCCCGUUGGUGCGCGGCUUCUCGUUGCGGAAGAAGGAGUGGCGGGCAUUUUUAGUCGAUGAUGUCGAGGAUAUCGUCUGGAACAAGGACGCGUUCGAGUCCUUGGUCCUCCCCCGUGGGCAACAGGAUCUGAAGAAGUUGAUUCUCGCUGUCGCUCGAGCCCAGUCGCGUGACUCGUUUGAUGAUGUGGUUCAGGGUAAGGGCCAGGGAGUUAUCCUGCUUCUAAGCGGCCCGCCGGGGGUGGGUAAGACCCUAACAGCGGAAAGUAUUGCCGAAGUUAUGAAAGUCCCGCUAUAUGUGCUGGGGGCCGGGGACCUCGGGACAACUGUUUCCAACGUGGAAGCAAAGCUGGAGGAAGUCCUCGAGCUCGUGCCUCGAUGGGACGCAGUGCUUCUGAUCGACGAGGCCGAUGUCUUCCUCGAGGCCCGCACGGUAUCAGAUUUGGCCCGAAAUGAACUGGUUUCGAUCUUCUUACGAAAGCUAGAGUACUACGAGGGCAUCCUAUUUCUCACGAGUAAUCGCGCGGAGAACAUCGACCCGGCCUUUGACUCUCGUAUUCAUAUUUCCCUUCAGUACCCGGACCUUGAUGCUGUGUCCCGGCGGCAGAUCUGGGCGCAGUUCUUACGAUCUACCGCGGAUGUUACGGAGGCGCAACUGGAUAGCUUGGCGGGAUUGGAACUUAACGGCCGACAGAUCAAGAAUGUGCUGAAGACUGCGCAUCUCCUGGCGCGGGAUCAAGAGCGAAGACUGCUGUUCGCUGAUCUGGAGACGGUGAUCAAGUUGAGAUCUCUGAGCGGGAAGCCCCCAACAAUAUGGCAGAACUUACUCAAAAGCUUAGGGCUUGCUUGGCUUGGCCUAGUCUAA